UGCCUGGCAGACGGAGGACCGGGUUAAAGGGCUGCCUGGGACCCUGUGUUGGGUCACGCCCCGCGAGCUUACCUUUCUGUCCUUUUCCUUUCUCCUGCCUUCAAGGACCUGGGGGCGACACCCAAGCACUUUGGACCUUAAUCAUAAUCUUGGACCUCGCCUCCUUAUCUAUAAAACGAAACUUGAUCUCCCUAACCCUAAAGGGGUUAAUGGGCGUAUAGGCUUUCAGGUCGAGUGCUCUGUGAACUAAAGUGCUUUGCCAGACUAUGAUGAAGACUGUUUUAAGUCAGUGGGAUAUAAUAGGAGCUUGGGAGACGGUUAUUUAACCUUUCUGUUCCUCAGUGCACUUUCAGAUGGGAAUAAAAAUAGUACCUGCCUCUUAACGUCUGAUUUAGGAAAUAAAAGAUAUUAUAAGAAAAGCAUUUGAAACACAACGUGGUAUGAUCCGUCUUCUUCCUCUGCUCAGAAAACCAUUAACAGGAUUCCAAUUAGUUAUGGGAAAUAAAUCAGCUCCUCAAUCUCAUGAAACUUUGUAUUACAGCUGUAAUUAAAGAAUGCCAUCUCAUCACACAGUCUCUGAGGAGCCAGACCUUGGAUGCAGAAACAGAUGUGUUAUGUUCGGUCCUGUACAGCAACCACAACAGAAUGGGCCGUCACAAACCUCAUUUGGCCCUCAGACAGGUUGAGCAAUGUUUAAAACGUUUGAAAAACAUGGAUUUGGAAGGCUCUAUUGAAGACUUGCUUGAGUUGUUUUCUCCCAAUGAAAAUCAGACCACGACUAUCAAAGUAUGUGGUAUCCCCAGCCAACCAGUGGUAGAGUUGGUGUUGAUGAAGGUUUUGGGAGUCUGCAAGUUGUUACUCCGCUUGUUGGAUUGCUGCUACAAGGCAUUUCUUUUGACUGUGAAACACCUAGGAUUACGAGAGUUCAUUAUUUUAAAUCUUGUCAUGGUUGGGCUGGUGAGCAGAUUGUGGGUUCUCUAUAAAGAUGUAUUAAGAAGGUUGAUUUCUUUAUAUGAGCCAUUGUUUGGAUUGCUUCAAGAGGUCUCUAGGAUUCAACCCAUGCCUUACUUCAAAGAUUAUACUUUUCCUUCUGAUAUUACCGAAUUUCUAGGACAGCCCUGUCUUGAAAUCUUUAAGAAAAAAAAGCCUACAGCUUUUGCAGCUAAAGGAGUAACUAAGUUGCUGAAUAAACUAUUUUGUAAAAAAGAGCAAUCACCAGGAUCAAGUGAAGACACUUUACUUCGAAUUUCCAAAAAGGCUAAACAGAUGAAGAUUAAUGUACAGAAUAAUGAGGAUCUUGGACAGCCAGUAAAGAAUAAGAGAGUCCUCAAAGAAAAGUCAUCAGGACUUGAUGUAAGAGAUUUCUGCAAACAGGUAAAACACAAAGCUAUUCAGGAGACCAGCUUUGAAUCUAAGUAUUCUCAAUCCAAACUAAAAAAAACCAAACAUUCUUCUCAGAAAGUGAUAGGAACUCUCUAUGCCAAAAGUUUUGUGCAGAGAUUCCGAAAGGCCAAGACUUUCAAACAACUUUCUGAAGAAAUCCAAAUGGCAGUUGUAUGGUGCAGGACUAAAAAACUCAAAGCUCAAGUCACCUUUCUGGGUAGCAAACUUCUUAAAAGUAACCGGCUUAAACAUGUAGAAGCUCAAGGUUAUAGUUUGCCAAAGAAACUAGAAUGCAUAAAAACAUCUAUUUGCAACUGCCUUCUUCAUGGUUCAGGUAUCAAAACUUCAAAGCAUCAUCUGAGACAAAGAAGAUCACAGAAUAAGUUUUUACUGAGAAAAAGGAAACCACAAAGAAAGUUGCAGUCAACUCUUUUAAAGGAAAUUCAGCAGUUUCCUCAAGAACCUCUGAAGAGUGCUGUGGAUACCAGUACUAAGUGGAGACUCUCACACCGCACAGGUCAGAGAACUGAUCGCUGCCCUAACAGUAAGCAGCUGUUGAGUAGCAGACUUUCAAAUCCUGCCACACAAGCUAAGGAGAAUCAGAUUCAUGGAAAUCUUAUAGGAAGCCGUGAAAGUCAAACUGUUUCAUGGACAAAGAUGCAAAUACUCAAAGAAAAUAAGCCAGGAACUGUUAAAGAGACAGAUGACAUUGAUGACAUUUUUGCUUUAAUGGGAGUGUAGAUGUUCAUUUACUUUUAAGCAGUUAACAAGUUGAUCCAUUGUUGUGUUUUAAGUGGAGCUGCUGAGAUCUUGAAAUACUACUGCUUAGGCUCAGAGAUGAGCUCCUUCCAUGUAACAUCCCACAAGAGUUCAUUUCAGUUCAAUAAACAUUUGAAGUUUUUGGGUUUUUUGGCAUUGCCUAGGGGGAUCAAACUCCGGACCUUGGGCUUGCUAGGCAGGUGCGGCACCAGUGAGCUACAUCCCUGGCCCUUAAAGUAGUUAUGUAUCACUUAAUCCCCAAGUAUUUAUUUGGCUUUAUGUGUCAGGUGUUAGGAUAUAAAGGCUAAGCCAGGCGUGGUAGUGCACGCCUGUAAUCCCAACACUCGGAAGGCUGAGGCAGGAGGAUCA